CUUCCCCCUUUAAACUGGCCGAAUUUGUGCUUUUAUAUAGAGGAAAUCAGAAUGGGGUUGAAAAGUAGGAGUUAGCUUAAGAGAAACAGUAGGCAUGGAGAUCAAUUCCACCAUCAAUAACAAAUGGAGGUUCUGCACAUUUGCCAGCUUCAUAGGCUGCAUGAUCCUUCUUUUGUGUCUGAAUCAGGGCCAAUACAGAGUAAAACUUUCGACUCUUCCAACAGUAGGAGCAUCAAUGGCAUUAUACAAUGACUCGGAUGAUCAGCAUUCAGCAGCUAACAUGCAGUUCUUCUUGCAACCAUCAAACAUCAUAGAAUAUGGAAAGGUGGCAAGUGAGGAAGAAGUAGUAGAGAGCUGCAAUAUCUUUGAUGGAAAAUGGGUUUAUGAUCCAAUGACAAGUCCUGUUUAUAAUGGAUCACAGUGUCCAUUUCUUAGUGAUCAAGUUAGUUGCCAGAGGAAUGGAAGGCCAGAUUUCGAGUACCAAAAAUGGAGUUGGGAAGCUAAAGGGUGUAAGAUUCCCAGGUUUAAUGGUACAGACAUGUUAGAGAGACUUAGAGGGAAAAGAGUGAUUAUUGUUGGGGACUCACUCAACAGAAACCAGUGGGAGUCUCUUGCUUGCCUUCUUUACUCUUCUAUUCCUUCCUCACAAGCUCAAGUUCAUGCCAAAAGUGGUGUCUACAAAGUCUUCCGAGCAAAGGACUAUAAUUGUUCUGUGGAGUUCUACUGGAGCCCCUUUCUAGUUGAAUUGGAAGAAAACAAAGCAAGUGGGAGUAAAAUUCUAAGGCUGGACAAACUUUCUGCCUCGGCAAAGAAAUGGCAUGGUGCUGAUAUUAUGGUGUUCAACACUGGUCACUGGUGGGUUCACACUGGGAAGAUCAAAGCGUGGGAUUUGCUUGAGUAUGAAGGAAAACUGGUUGAGAAGAUGAAGAUUGAAUCAGCAUUUGAGAUUGCCAUGAAGACAUGGGCUGGUUGGGUUGAUGACAACGUAGACAAGAAGAACAACACAAAGGUCUUCUUCCGAAGCAUAUCAACAGAACACAAAGGGAAGCAGUGGUGCUACAAUGAAAGCAAACCCACCAUGGAUGAGUCCUAUGCAGCAACAUUUCCUGAUUCAAUUGUGGAGAUUGUUGAGAGAACUGUUGGGGGCAUGAGGACGCCAGUGAGAUACUUGAACAUCACAAAGCUCUCCAAGUAUCGAAGAGAUGCUCAUCCAACAGUUUACACUGCAAAGCAGGGGAAGGUGUUGACACCAAUGCAACAAAGACAGCCAAAGUCUUUUGCUGAUUGCAGCCACUGGUGUUUGCCUGGAGUGCCGGAUACGUGGAACAGGCUACUGUAUGCAUCUAUUGUCUUUGAUAACUCAACAGAUGCUUUUAUUUCUUAACAUCUAUUCAUUUUCAAUGGAAUUUAAAUAAACAGGUACCUAACAAAUAAACAGGUA